AUGGGCGAGGGCAUGAGGACCGGAGAAAGGGCCUCAUCUCGGCGGUCCUCUCGUUUUUCCUACGGCUUUAAGGUUUUGGGGCUUCUUCUCCAGUCGACCUUGACGAGUAUAAUAAGGCAGCGGCAGUCGGCACCUUGGGGCGCAAUGACAGGGGUUCUGGUGUUACGCUGGCAGGUUAGCCCCUCCGUCACCAGCCAGAGAGGCCGCAUUUUCGCGCCAGAGGCCAUCAAGGUUCUCACGCCGCACCGCACCUGCUCAUCGCGCGCCUGCAACACCGCCUUCCCACAACGUGGGUAG